AUGGAUCCUCAUCACUGCAGUUCUAAAGAGUACCAUGAUCAAAAUCAUUACGACAAUUCUCUUGAUCUGAUAGUGACCGCAACAGGAAUGAGUAAGCCUUCAUACAACUCAACCAGUCCUUGGGAAUACCAAAGAGACGGAAACCAUCAGAUUUUGAAGAACGGAGAUGAUAUGCCCAAUGAUGAAAUUACCCAAGAAAGCAUUUUGGACAAAAACAGUGAUACUCGCCUUUCAAAUUUGCUCAAGAAAUUAGAAGUUCUGGAUAAUUUGAAUAAUUCUUUCAGAAACACCAACACUAAUGUCUUGAAGUAUUAUAAGGGGUUAAUAAACGACAGCUUUGACUCUCUUGAAAAUCAUAGAUUCAAUACAAUAAUUAACGAGGAUAGUGGCGGCGAUACUUCUUCCAACGAUGACCAAAAAUCAGAACUAGAUGAAAACCCACCGGCUAGAGACUCUGCCUAUACUAUCACCAUGGACACUGGCACUCUAAAAAUUCCCCACAAUAAUAAAAGCGAGCCAUUGAGUCCAAAAGUGGUGACUCCAACAGUUAACAAAUUCCAUAGUUCAAUGAUUGGUGAUAGUAAUAGUUCUGCUUUUCCAAAUUCUCAUCAUAAAGAAUUAUCCCCACUAGUGUUCAUUGACAGUCCAGUGAGAAAUAAACAUCAAGCCAAAAACUUAUCGAUUAUUGAACCAACUUCGCCACUUUAUAAUGAUUUCAAUGAAAGUAUUGAUUUAAGAUCGAUUAACGAUAGCAAUAAUGGAAUCAAUUUUGCAUUUCAAUAUAUGAAAUUGGAGAAUGAUGGUCAAAUUAAUCAAGGUAUUGAAAAUAGAACCCAACAAAUCGAUAUUUUAAAUGAUACCGAAUUGAAUUCAGCGAGUAAUAGAAGCAUGGCCAAUUAUUACGAUUAUCAUACUCCUAACCAAAAUAAUAGGAGAAAUAACAAUAAAGUUGAUAAUAGAGAGGCUAUUGGUGAUGAUGAAAUAGAAGAAGAUGCCAGAUCUAUUGAUAGAGUGCCAUACAUGAAAAAAGCAUCAAUGUCUGAGUAUGAGCUUGCAGAAAUUAUGAAGGAUUCCCCGUCAAAACCACCCUCCCAUUCUAAAGCACCACAGAAGUCACUUCACAGAAAGAUAUCUAAGCCAUCAUUAUCAAUCUUAUCGAGAUCUAAUACGAUAUCUAAAAAGGAUAAAGAAAAAAAUAACGAUUAUUUCUCCGUCAGAUCUCCAAUUAACACAGCAAACAAUAAUAACAGCAAUAAUUUUGCCUCGAAGCCAAAAUUGAAGACCGUUAAAUCCUUACCUCAGUUGCGAAGACUCAAUUCUUUUUCAAUAAGACGGAAAAACACGUUGACUAGUGAACAAAUUCCUAGUUUUACGCCUCCUCCAUUAGAAACUUCGGAUGAUCUGCCACUCAACGCUGUAACAUAUUACACUACCCCUAGACCUCUGAUACUGGAAAUUGAUUAUCAAAACCGUCAAAGGAAAGGAAGUUUCAAUACUAGCAAAAGUCACUCGAGGUGGAAUUCCAAUACUUCGUCAUCUGCAAUCGAAGAGAGAGAUUUUUCAACAGAUAAAUCAAGUAUUGGGGACUUCCAGCUGGAUGAAGGAAGUAUUACUACCACCAGCAACACUAUGAAUUCCUUUGCAAGCACUAUCAAGAAAAGUUUACAGCCACAUCGACACAAGAAAUCCAGUUCAAAUGUUACCACAGAUUACUCCCCUCUGCAUAAGUAUUCCAAUUCUCAUGAUGGAACCAAUAAUCAUACUGAUACCAUCACCAACUCCUCAGAUUUUUUUUUACCAAAACUUCAUACUUCCGGUUCUUCUACCAGUAUGAUUGAAAAAUUUGGGAAAUUGAAAACGGGUAUCAGAAAACUUUCCAGCCCAGUAGCCAGCCCUAAACAUGAAACUUAUUUGACAAGCAGAGUUACACCAAGCAUCGAUGGUAAAUUUAGCACAGAAAUAACUCAAAAGCCAAUGUCCUCGGCCGUUAAUACUCUAUUGAGCCAAAGUCUGAAUAUGUGCCUUGGAACAAGCAAAUCCGAAAACAUAACUCCCAAUAAAUCUAAGUUUUCUGAUUCUGUGAUAUCUCCUAGAACAUUAGCUAAGAAAACAUCAUUCUCAAACCUUUAUCGUUCGAAAUCUACCAAAACACCUAGAAGUACCAACUCCAACAACAGCUCAACUGUGCCCCAUGUAAACUCUGCUCUGAGAAGUUCUAAUAAUAUGUCUAACCACAUAAAUAAUAUUGAUAGAAAUCGGUUUAAUGAUGGGUUAUAUUACGGUAGGGCGAAAUCCAAUACUAUUACAAGCUAUACCACAUCACCAUCCACACGUUCAUAUAGUAAGACUGAUGAAAUUCAUAUUGAGAAUAGUAAUAGAGAAGCUCCGCCUCUUUCAGAGCUGCUGUCGAGAUUUGAACACGAUAGAGUUAAUAAAAGCAUUAGUUCAGGUUCACUUUCACAAAGCGAGGAUAUAACAAUUAUUGCAAAUUCUACGAGUGAUCAUACCAGCAAUACCAUUUUAAAUGCAAAUUUUACAAAAGAGAUUAUUGAUGUUGAUAAUAUUGUUAAUGAUUUCAAUAUCUCCAGUGAUGCUGAUAUUCAGGAGCAGGUUACAACAUUGAAGUCACCAGUUAUUAAAGUCAACGCCUUGAACCUGGCAAGGUUUAGCGAAUAUCAUUUUGAAAAUUAUUUGAAUGAGCAAGAUAUGGGGUCAUCACAGAUUCUGCCUCCGCUACGCUAUGGCUCAUUGCCAUAUUCCUCAAAUCAUAAGCCAGGUGAUGUAGAAAAUGGGAAGACUGAUUCUCGAGCUCCACUGGAUGCACAAAGAGCUGCGUUUAAGAACUCCAAUACUGAAAUGAGUAACGACGCAUCAUCACCAGCUGAUAUGAUUACCCACCUAUCUAUAAGAAAUAACAGUACUUCCAAAUCAUCAAAAGAAGUCUUUAAGAAUAGUCUUAUAAGGUCUCUCACUUUAUCUAUCCAGCAGAUGCAAGCAGAAGACCAGGCAUUUGCCACCAUUGAACAGCGGCUUAUCGAUUCAGGAUGGUACUCUGAAUCCAACAUUCACGAUAUCCAACGUCGCCGAGCAUUGGCUACUAGAACUUGGAAGGAAAAGAUUAGUGACAUCAAGAAGAAGUUGGAAAAAAUACAUCAGGCAGAGAAGAGGAAAGACUAUAAUAUUAAGACUCCAAAAAGGACACAAGAAGACGUAUUAGAUGAUCUUGAUGAAAUCACAGACUUGGAGUUUGAAGAAAUCAAUGACAAAUGUACUGAUAAACACAACGGAGUUCUUUUCAUGGAUCCAUUGGAAAGGUUUGUCUUUGAGACAUCUGCUAACUAA